CAUAUAAAUACAGCCAUGGGGGGAGGAUAUAUGUAUUCUACGCACAGAGCUCGUUAGAACUCAGAAACCUUUGCACCCUGAUCGCAGAAAGGCCGAUUCAGGAUGGCAAAACAAAAGAUAGUAGUGAAGGUCUCCCUCCAGAGCGCCAAGGAUCGGAGCAAAGCCAUGCGGACUGUAGUGGGUGUAUCAGGCGUUGAAACGGCAGCUUUACAAGGUGACGACAAGAAUCAGAUUGCGGUGAUCGGGGAGGGGAUCGAUUCGAUUGAAUUGACAACGUCGCUAAGGAAGAAAUUUGGUUAUGCGGAUCUGUUAACCGUUGGACCUGAUGAGAAGAAGGAAGAGAAGAAGGAAGAGAAAAAGGAUACACCGGUGCCGGUGGUAUGUCCGCCUGUCUGGCCGCCGGUUUUCACUCCAAUCUACCAAGAACCUGAUCCCAAUUGCUGCAUCAUGUGAUUUGAGACACCAGAGACGACAGACGAUGGUGGGUCAUGUGUGCCAUUGCGAAUGAAAUUCCAUAGGGAUCAAGUGAGAGGCUUGAUGAUCCUGCGUAUUCACUGUUCAACAGAUUCAUAUCACUAUGCUAUGCUCUUACACCAGUGAUGUAUAAAAGCAGUCAUAUAUUUUAAUUAAUUUGUUCUAAGAGUUUUUACAAACUAUGUCAACUGAUUUAGUUGAUAGGGUCUCUAUCUGGUUGUGAUAGGGACUUGAGCUCAACUUCUACUGAUGUAUGAAUUUCGGGGAUUGACUAGCCA